GUUGGGCAGAAACACGACUUGGCGAACAAAUUGCGGAUGUGAUGGCUCUCAGGAAAGAAUUGGCUUUAGCUGCGCUCUUAGCGCUAGCCUUGCUUGUGUCUUCUGCUGCUGAAGACUCCUCAGUUGAUCAGGUGGCCGACGACAACCCUGCACUUAAAAGCCUCAGGUCAGAGCUCCGAAGUAAAGACAAAGACAUCGCCGGGUUGAAGAGUGAGCUGAAGCAAGCGAAGGCGGCACAAUCGAAUGUUGACAAGAUUGCAGCCAAGCUGAAGGCAGCAGAGGAGAAGGCUGAGACUUAUGGCAAGCACAUCAAGGCCACAGCAGACAAGGCCACGGCUCUGGAGAAGGCUGCUGCUGAAUCCAAAAAGAAGGCAUCUGAAGCUCUUGCCGCAAAAGAGGCUUUGGCUGAGAAGGAGAAGGCUCUCUCAGAAGCACAAGCCGCCUUGAAAGCCAGCCAGGAGUCUAUCAAUGCUCUGGAUGCCGAGAAGGCUGCGGCACUGAAGGAGGUAGAGAAGCUGAGCAGCGAAUUGACAAACCUCCAAAAGGUGAACAAGAAUUUUGAGAAGCUCCAGAAGGAGCUGCAUGCAGCGACAAAGACCCUGCAAGACCGUGCUGACAAGUCAGAGUCCACCCUGAAGACCCUCGAGGCCAGCCUGAAAGCAGCUGAAAAGUCUGCCGCCACCAGCCAGAAGGCCUUGCAAGCGGGAGCUGAUUCAGUGCGGCCGCUGGCAAGCAAUGCCUGGGAGCAUGCCAGCAAAGUGCAUGUGACGGCGCGCAGCAAGUCUGUGGAGCUCUGGAAGGCGCUGCAGGUCAAGGUGCAGGCGCUGUUGAAGGACGCAAAGCCCUUGACUCGGAAGUACUUGGUCAAGCUGCAGGGCUCCUUGUCCAAGCUGCAGCUGGCAGUGAAGAAGCAUGCCAUUCCACAGCUCCAGAAGGCACUUGCCUCCACUAAGGCAGCCACACACAAGUUGCUGUCUCACCCACAGGUGCUACAGGCUCGACGUCGGGUUCACAAAGCAAUCCAGGAUCUGAAGGGUGAGAUCAAGAGGUACAUGAAGAAGCAUGCCCUGACCUCGAAGUACGCCAAGGAGCCCUUCCUUACCUACGCCCUCUACACAGCUUCAGCCCUUUCCUUGACCCUCUGCCUGCUCCCAUUCUGGGCAGUUACAGCAUUGCUGCGAGGCAAGAAGAGCCGCACAACCAGAAGACCCCCAAGGAGGCCAAGCGCCAGUUCCAGCACUACCAGCAAUGUUCAGGGGGUCAAAAAUGCAAAGACGAAGAACGCUGGAGCUGGAAAGGGGCGAAGGAUCACCAUGGGAGGAGACUCCAUCCGAGUCCCAGAGUGACUGGUCGCAGCACUGUCAGACGUGUCGUGGACAUGUUACUUUGGAUUUUGUCAGAACUGCAGUGGGCAUUUUAUAUUAUGGCAGGCCAAGUUGGCCAACAGAUGGCUUCUUUUGCUAAGUGAGUGACUUUCAGUCCUAUCAGAGUCUGGGAAUGCGUUCCAUUUCAAUUUGCAUAGUUUGCAUAUGGUAGCUGCUCAGCAACGACUAAUUAUAGUACUUGCAUUGCGGGUCUGAACCGCAUGUAACAUUAUGCGGCUCUCA